AAACAUAGAAAUUAAUCUCCAGGCGUCUCUGGCCCAACCUAACCUAAAAAAAUGUUUAUACAUAAUGCUGGAUUCAAUUAGUAAAAAGUAUAACAAGAAAUUGAAUGAAUUCUAGAAAUUGAAUAUGAGUAUUAAACUCAUUGUAAGUAGGAUGAUUUUUUUACCCAGAUUCGUUCAACGUUUUACUAUAUCUACAAGAAUAGGAUUAUCUUCGAAUAUUCAAUUAUUCUAUAGGAAAUGUGGUACAAAACCAGAUGACCAAAAUCGUGAAAGCAACUCCGUAGUGGAAGGAUAUAAAGCUAUAUAUAAAUUUCCGGCUAUAAGAAACUUAUCAGCUUUCAAUAGGCUGAAGAUAUAUCAUACUGUUGCAACAUUUCUAAGUGUUCCUGCAUGUUUUAUAUUAGCCUCAGAAGGUUUAAUAGAUCCUGAAUAUCCUAUGGCCGCAGCUCAAAUAGGUUCUAGUAUAGCAGCAUUUUUAUUCAUAACAAGUAUUGUUACCAAUAGAUACGUUGGAUUUAUUUAUUUCAAUGAAAAAAAAGAUACUGUAAAGAUAGCAUAUGUAGAUUACUGGGGUAACAGAAAGGAAAAGGAAGUUAAAGCGAGCGACAUUGUACCUCUGUCUGACUUAUCCACGAGUUUUAUUCAUCACGUAUACAAACCAGUUCUACUGUAUUCAGGAGAAAAACAUUUAAAAAUAAGUUCUAAGUAUGGUGUAAUUAUUGAUAAAGAGAAGUACAAUAAGAUAUUUCUAUUAGAAAUAAAAUAAAAAUAUCAA